CGGCCCCGGCGGUGGGUGCCGUGGCCCGAGCCGCACGAACAUGGCGGCCACCUACCUGCUCGAGACUCAGGAGCAUUUCAAGACCAACGGCCGCACCAAGGAGUUCUCGGCGCACGCCGCCAAGGUCCACUCGGUGGCUUGGAGCUGCGAUGGUCGCAGGCUUGCCUCCGGCUCCUUCGACAAGACGGCCAGCGUCUUCGUGUUGGAGAAAGACCGGCUGGUUAAGGAGAAUAACUAUCGUGGUCAUGGUGAUAGUGUAGACCAGCUCUGUUGGCAUCCUACCAAUGCAGACCUUUUUGUGACUGCUUCUGGUGAUAAAACUGUUCGAAUCUGGGAUGUCCGAACGACAAAAUGUGUUGCUACUGUCAACACAAAAGGUGAGAAUAUUAACAUCUGUUGGAGUCCUGAUGGCCAAACCAUUGCUGUAGGAAACAAAGACGAUGUGGUAACUUUCAUUGAUGCUAAGUCACACCGAUCAAGGGCUGAAGAACAGUUUAAAUUUGAAGUAAAUGAGAUAUCUUGGAAUAAUGAUAAUGAUAUGUUUUUCCUAACCAAUGGCAAUGGCUGCAUCAACUUACUCAGUUAUCCAGAAUUGAAACCUAUUCAGUCAAUCAAUGCACAUCCUUCGAACUGCAUUUGCAUUAAAUUUGAUCCAACAGGCAAAUAUUUUGCUACAGGGAGUGCUGAUGCACUGGUGAGCCUUUGGAGUGUGGAUGAGCUUGUGUGUGUAAGAUGCUUCUCCAGACUUGACUGGCCUGUAAGAACAUUAAGCUUCAGCCACGAUGGAAAAAUGCUAGCAUCAGCUUCUGAGGAUCACUUCAUAGACAUUGCAGAAGUGGAAACUGGUGAAAAGCUAUGGGAGGUGCAAUGUGACUCGCCUACUUUUACUGUAGCAUGGCAUCCGAAACGACCACUCUUGGCUUUUGCUUGUGAUGACAAAGAUGGCAAGUACGAUAACAGUCGGGAAGCUGGAACUGUUAAACUCUUUGGACUCCCUAAUGAUUCAUGAAACGAUACUUCUGGACUUCAGUGCAUGUUGCUCAAUGAGUGAAACAUGCAAAAGCUACUUUGGACUCAAAUCUAUUGGAUGAUCAUUGUAGAAAAAGUGCUUUUUUUAAAAAACUAUAAUGUGAAUGCAUAUUGAAUUUGUAUGCUCAUACUAUAGUUUUCCAUUUAAUAUGGAAAUGUAUGUUCAUGAAUAUUCUUGGAUAAAUUUGAUAUAAAUAAAUUGUUUGUAAUUAAUGUGCAAAUGUAUUAAAAUAUGUAGAUGACAGUAUUUGACAGGAAAGUAGAAAUUAACUUGAAUAUUUUUUACAUAUGAAGUGCCACAUACAAGAUGUCUAAUGCACAGUUGAUUUUCUCCCCCCUUUUGUACAUUCAAUUUCCUAUCUUUAGAGCUGUAAAAGGUAAUUUCACAAGGGUGUUAAGUGCAGAAGAGAGUGGUAAUUUGGCAACAGAACUACUGAAUUUUAAAAUUGCAACUUAGUACAUUAUUGUACAUUUUUUUAUGAAUUACUUAAGUUUUCACUUUUACUAUUCCAUUCAGGAAAAUCUUGUUGCAGUGGUUUAACUUGAUGUAGUAGUAUUAGAUGACAGUGUUCUAGAAAACACAAUGUUAAUGAUACUCUUGUCCCAAAUUCACAUUGGUUUAAAUUUGAUUGUUUUAUAGCUACCUUGUUUAUCAGAUAUCGAAUUGAUAUCGUAGGUCCAGUUUUUAACUUUUUGGGGAAGUUUUACUUGUUACAUGCAGCGCCACAACAUUAUAGUUAAAAGGAAAUAAAUAUUUAGAGCUAUUGGAUAAGUGUAGAUUUGGCACCAGUUACCAAAUCAAAGGGGUUCCAGAGUUUUCAAAGCAAUGCAAAAGACAGUUUUUGGCAUUUUGUCUGGACCAGUAUAUUAUAAGUAAAGGUUUAAGGAUUCUCUUUUAUGUUGGCUUGAAAAUUACAUGUUUGAUGUUUUUUAAAGGUAAUAUGUCAACUCAAAAACAUGGCAAUAAUCUGAACUUUUAAGGUCUUUAUUAAGAAUAAACUUUGGACAAUUGUUUUGGAUAAUAAUUUCCAUUUACCUUCUGUGUGUGCUUAAAUUUAUAAACAUCUUUUUAAUACAACAAUUAAUAGGACAACCCCACAGUGAAAAAUGUAAGGGGAGAGAAAGCAGGAUGGGUAAAUCCAUGUUUUCAGCAAAUUCAUUUCCAGUUACUUAAUACUUGCUUGUUGUGGUAUUUUGAAUGUUGUCUUUACAGAAAAAGGUGCCUUAAUUUGAGGCUGAUUCUGGAAAUGAAUCCAUACCAAGCUUGCAAAAAGAAUUAUUAGGUUUUUGUCUUCAGUUCUUUGUUGGACUUUGGAUGUUUGACCACGGUGAAGCUGAAUCAUAACUAUGUACAUUGUAGCAUUUGAAGUAUGCAUAUUCAAUUUGAAUUGGCUGACAGUUGUGAGGUUUAAGACAAGUUAAAACUUGCAGUACAAAACAAGUGCACACUAGUGGUGUAAGUUGACAUUUCACAUCAAUUACAGCGGAUUCUGGUUAAUUGGGAUGCAUCAGGAUCAGUACAUAUUGGCCCAAUUAAUUUUUGGCCAAGUUAGCCGAAGUUUCAAGUCAGUCCAGUUUAUUGUCACUUCACUAUAUACAUGUAUAUCCGAGACAACUUUUCUCUGAACCAGGGCGUAAAACACAGUAGUACACAGAGCACACAUUAACUUAGGGAAGUAAAUCUACAAAAGAAUUGUGCAUGGGUAAACAAAGUAAAAUGCAUAAAUUAAAUAUUGUAGGAUACAGUACAAAUUAUGCGAUGUCACCACAUGUGAUGCGACAGGGACUUCAGAAGCAAAAUGGCCUGAGGGAAGUAGCUGCUUCCCAUCCUGACCGUUCUUGUUUUUAAGCAUCGGACUCUCUUGUCUGCCGGUAGAAUGUCUAAGAGGAUGUUGGAUGGAUGGGUGGGAUCCUUGAUAAUAAUAAGGGCCCUGUGUAUGCAGCGCUCCUAUGAAAUGUCCCCAAUGGAUGGUAGGGAGACCCCUAUGAUCCUUUUGGCUGUUCUCACCAUCCUUCAGUGGAACCUCUGGACCGAUGCUCCCAUACCAGAUGGAGAUGCACCUUGUCAGGAUGCUCUUAAUGGUGCUACUGCAAAAUUAUUUUAAGAUGGUUGGGGGAGGGGAGGGCCUCGCUUGCCCCAACCUUUUCUGGGAGUGUAGGCGUUGCUCUGCCUUUUUAUUCAGUUCAGGUGCCUUGCCAUUAGGUGUGGGCGGUCAUGUCUCUCCCAUCUAUCACAGUCCCUAACCCUCUGAAUUGUAGUUGUUGCCUCCCCUAUUUCUAACUGUGAUGUUAAUCCAUCUAUCAUUUUCAUUCUCUGCCUCUGCUUCUUUCUCCGUCCAGCUUUCCAGUUGUAAUUAAAUGUUCUAAUGUCUCUCUUUGCAUGAUGUGUCCAAAGAAUUUUGAUUGCUGUUUUCUGAUUUUUUUUAAAGUAAUAGAAACAUUGAAAAUAGGUGCAGGAUUAGGCUAUUCGGCCCUUCGAGCCUGCCCUGCUAUUCAGUAUGAUCAUGGCUGAUCAUCUAACACAGAGCCCUGUACCUGCUUUCUCUCCAUACCCCCUGAUCCCUUUAGCCACAAGGGCCUUAUCUAACUUCCUCUUAAAUAUAGCCAAUGAACCAGCCUCAACUGUUUCCUCUGGCAGAGAAUUCCACAGAUUCACCACUCACUCUGUGAAGAAGUUUUUCCUCAUCUCGGUCCUAAAAGGCUUCCCCUUUAUCCUUAAACUGUGACCCCUUGUCCUGGACUUCCCCAACAUAGGAAACAAUCUUCCUGCAUCUAGCGUGUCCAAUCCCUUUUGAAUUUUAUACGUUUCAAUAAGAUCCCCCCUCAAUCUUCUAAAUUCCAGUGAGUAUAAGCCUAGACGAUCCAGUCUUUCUUCAUAUGAAAGUCCUGCCAUCCCAGGAAUCAAUCUGGUGAACCUUCACUGUAUUCCCUCUAUGGCAAGAAUGUCUUUCCUCAGAUUAGGGGACCAAAACUGCACACAAUAUUCUAGGUGCGGUCUCACCAAGGCCUUGUACAACUGCAGUAGAACUUCCCUGCUCCUGUACUCAAAUCCUUUUGCUAUGAAUGCCAACAUACCAUUUGCCUUUUUCACCACCUGCUGUACCUGCAUGCCCACCUUCAAUGACUGGUGUACAAUGACACCCAGGUCUUGUUGCACCUCCCCUUUUCCUAAUCAGCCACCAUUCAGAUAAUAAUCUGUUUUCCUGUUCUUGCAACCAAAGUGGAUAACCUCACAUUUAUCCACAUUAAAUUGCAUCUGCCAUGAAUUUGCUCACUCACCUAACCUAUCCAAGUCGCCCUGCAUCCUCUUAGCAUCCUCCUCACAGCUAACACCGCUGCCCAGCUUCGUGUCAUCCGCAAACUUGGAGAUGCUGCAUUUAAUUCCCUCGUUUAAAUCAUUAAUAUAUAUUGUAAACAACUGGGGUCCCAGCACUGAGCCUUCCAAUACACCACUAGUCACUGCCUGCCAUUCUGAAAAGGUCCCAUUUACUCCCACUCUUUGCUUCCUGUCUGCCAACCAAUUCUUUAUCCACAUUAAUACCAUACCCCCAAUACCAUGUGCUUUAAGUUUGUACACUAAUCUCCUGUGUGGGACCUUGUCAAAAGCCUUUUGAAAAUCUAAAUAUACCACAUCCACUGGCUCUCCCCUAUCCACUCUACUAGUUACAUCUUCAAAAAAAUUCUAUAAGAUUCAUCAGACAUGAUUUUCCUUUCACAAAUCCAUGCUGACUUUGUCCAAUGAUUUCCAAACGUGCUGUUAUCACAUCUUUGAUAACCGACUCUAGCAUUUUCCCCACCACCGAUGUCAGACUAACUGGUCUAUAAUUCCCCGGUUUCUCUCUCCCUGCUUUUUUUAAAAAGUGGGGUUACAUUAACCAUCCUCCAAUCCUCAGGAACUAAUCCAGAAUCUAAGGAGUUUUGAAAAAUUAUCACUAAUGCAUCCACUAUUUCUUGGGCUACUUCCUUAAGCAUUCUGAGAUGCAGACCAUCUGGCCCUGGGGAUUUAUCUGCCUUUAAUCCCUUCAAUUUACCUUACACCACUUCCCUACUAACAUGUAUUUCCCUCAGUUCCUCCAUCUCACUAGCCCCUUGGUCCCUUACUAUUUCCGGAAGAUUAUUUAUGUCCUCCUUAGUGAAGACAGAACCAAAGUAGUUAUUCAAUUGGUCUGCCAUGUCUUUGUUCCCUAUGAUCAAUUCACCUGUUUCUGACUGUAAAGGACCUACAUUUGUCUUAACCAAUCUUUUUCUUUUCACCUAUCUAUAAAAGCUUUUACAGUCAGUUUUUAUGUUCCCUGUCAGCUUUCUCUCAUAAUCUUUUUUCCCCUUUUCUAAUUAAGCCCUUUGUCCUCCUCUGCUGGUCUCUGAAUUUCUCCCAGUCCUCAGGUGUGCCGCUUUUUUUUUUGCUAAUUUAUAUGUUUCUUCUUUGGACUUGAUACUAUCCCUAAUUUCCCUUGUCAGCCACAGGUGCACUACCUUCCCUGGUUUAUUCUUUUGCCAAACUGUGAUGAACAAUUGUUGUAGUUCAUCCAUGCGAUCUUUAAAUGCUUGCCAUUGCAUAUCCACCGUCAACCCUUUAGGUAUCAUUUGCCAGUCUAUCUUAGCUAAUUCAUGUCUCAUACCUUCAAAGUUACCCUUCUUUAAGUUCAGAACCUUUGUUUCUGAAUUAACUAUGUCACUCUCCAUUUUAAUGAAGAAUUCCACCAUAUUAUGGUCACUCUUACGACAAGAUUGCUAACUAACCCUUCCUCAUUGCUCAAUAUCCAAUCUAGAAUGGCCUGCUCUCUAGUUGGUUCCUCAACAUGUUGGUUCAGAAAACUAUCCCGCAUACAUUCCGAGAAAUCCUCUUCCUCAGCACCCUUACUAAUUUGGUUCACCCAAUCGAUAUGUAGAUUGAAGUCACCCAUUAUAACUACUGUUCCUUUAUUGCACGCAUUUCUAAUUUCCUGUUUAAUGCUAUCUCCAACCUCACUACUACUGUUAGGUGGCCUGUACACAACUCGCACCAGCGUUUUCUGCCCCUUAGUGUUAUGCAGCUCUACCCAUAUUGAUUCCACAUCCUCCAGGCUAAUGUCCUUCCUUUGUUUUGUUUUUGUUCUCUGUAGAACAAUCCUGUCCAUAUAUGAUUUGCAUAGCAUUCUUCUGAGGAACCACAUCUCUGCUGCAUUGAUUCUUUUUUCCAUUGCAUUUGUGAUGGUCCAUGACUCACAGCCAUACAUCAAUAUAGGAAGAACGUAGCAGCUGAGAGUUCUAAGGCAGAUGUCAAUUGCUAUUUUCUUGUUCGUUAGGAUGUUUCUCAUUUCUGUAGAUGCUGUUCUUGUCAUUGCUAUUCUUGCUUUUAUGUCUGUUUCGCAUUUGCCAUCAGAUGUUACCCAUGAUCCAAGGUACUUGAAGUUGUGAACUUGUUUCAGGAUUUCAUUUCCCAAUAUGAUCCUGCAGUUUGGGUAUCAGGUUUCUUUGAUAUUGUCAUUACUUCAGUUUUAUUUUUGUUUAAGGUUAGGCCGAGUCUUUCGCUCUCUGUGUUGAUGGUAGAUACUAGUUUCUGUAAAUUUACUUUACUGUUUGCUAUCAGUACUGUAUCAUCUGCAUAGCGGAGGUUGUUGAUAUUAUAUCCUUCUAUACUUAUUCCAGGUAGGUCUUGUAUGGUUCUCAUGAUGCUUUCACUGUAUAGGGAGAACAGGUCUGGUGAUGGAACACAACCCUGUCUGACUCCUCACUUUAUUGGCUGAUAUUCACCAAUCUCGUUGUCUAUCCGUAUGGCUGCACUUUGUGGCCAGUAGAGGUUCCUGAUUAUUCUUAGAUCUUUUCUGUCGAUAUUAAUAUCUUUAAGCAUUUUCAUGAUGACUUGGAAUUUCACUGUGUCAAAGGCUUUUGUGUAGUCAAUGAAACAGAAGCAUAGGUCUUGUUGUACUUCUAUUGACCUUUCGAUAAUAUUCCUGAGAAUAUAAGUUGUGUUUGAUGUUCCCUUGCCUUCGACAAAGCCGCCCUGUUCUUCACUGAUCUCUGGUUUAAUUUUGUUUCUUAUUCUGAGCAUGAUGAUUCUCAGUAGUAUUUUUGUGGCUCAUUAAACUAAUUGUUCUGUGUUGUCCACACUCUGUUGCACCUGGUUUCUUUGGCAAGCCAGCAAAAGAAAAGUGGCUUAAGGACAAAUGUGAGUUAAUAGAACAAUUGCAGAAGACCAAUAACAGCAAAUGUAUCCAGAACGAAAUCAGAGGUUACAAAUCGGAAGAAAAACGGGGCAACAACAGGAUGUAUAAAAGCAAAAUACAGAUCUACAAUUAUGGAAAAAGGAAAAAUACCAUACAUUCUGGUGUAUAAGCCGAGAGUUUGGCCCUAAAUUUUAGUCCUAAAAAUAGGGGGUCGUCUUAUACAUAGGGUGCCAACUUUGGAAAAAAGAAUACACGGAAGACAGGUCAUAUUUAUUGGCUGAUUUUGAGUCAAAUUCGUUCAACUGUCGACGCAUGAAUUCUUUGAAUGGUUUAAACUCGCACCUCGUGGCUGGAGCACGGACGUCAACCCACCGGAGAUGCCUGCAGUGUCCGUAUUUUCAGCUUUCAGUGCUGCUUUUGUCUCACCUGACAAGUGCGCUUUGAACCAGAGAAGUAGCGACUUUUCCUUCCCGAAACCUUCGGGACGUCAAUGCCACACCUCUUUAAUCCGCUUCGUCCAUCCAGCAGCGUUCUUGAACGAAAACAACACCCCGCGGGAAUUUUCUGAACAAUCUUUGUUUUUUGUCUCAACAUAAGAUCACGUCUAUUCAUAAAUCGGGUGCAUCAACUUCGCGUAGCUUUGAAAUUUUCAACACUUGAUUUCGAAUCAUUUCUCUGGUAACGAUGUAUCCAGACGAUCGCUGGUGAUUCGCCCACUCUAAAACCUUUUCUUCCAGUUCCGGCCACUGGUAUGUUUUCCUGCGGUUUGCACAUUUCGUCUCUGGCAUUUCCCUCAGCGUCUCCUCUGCCUUUCUCCACUCUCACUUGUUUCUCAUUUACACUAAACUUCUUAGCAGCUGC